CAGUAGCAGCCGGCGGCUCUCAGAGUUAGCAAACAUGAUCUGUCCGCUUUCCACCGUGAGGAAUGUUUAACUAAGCCUGUAUAAGUUAUUUUUGCUCUCUAUUACUGUAGCUGUGAGAUGAAGUCAUGAAAUCUUUUUUUCACUAGACCAUAUCUAGUUGCUGCCAUGAACUUAGCCUUGUUCAAAGUAUAUUAGCUCAGCUUAGCUUCCUGUCAGAUGUAUUAACAGACCGUGGCACAGAUCAUUUUUCCUGCUUUUGUGUAACAUGGUGCAUUCAUUGGUGAGCCUUUGUGCCAGAAAGGUGGUCAGUGACCACAGUUCGUCACCCACCUGGCUUCGAUGGGUUCCCAGGGAGCUUUACGGGGCGCUACUGGAGGCCGCCUUCGCCUGCUGCAGACCUCUGUCGGUGGGCGAACUGGUGCAGCGAUGGCCUGAGCGGACUCUGCGCGUCGGAGGACGGAGGAAAACUGGGCAGACUACCCCCAGUCGGCUCUGUAUCCAGGCUCUAUUACUGGCUGUGGUCAGAGGACUGGCGGACCAAAGGUCAGCCCUGCAGGUACUGGACGUCUGUGGUCUGCAAGGAGACGAGGGAGGAAUGGGGGACCCGAUGGGAGGCUGGUCACUUACUGUGGCCCUUUGCACCAUGGUCAUACAGGCCAAAGCUGGAGCACACAGGACUCAGAGGAAAGAAGGAGACCGAGAGAGGAAACGAUUCUCAGCCCUUGAGAGGGAAAGGGAUUUAAAAAGAGAAAGAGGGCAGAGGACAGGACUGAAGGAGUUAAAGGACGAUGAGACUUGCAGAGAGAAGACAAGAUCCAAGAGUCCUGUCAGUGACGAAGAGCUUAUAAAAGGGGUCAGAAGGAGGAUGGAGAUGGAAAGAAAAAGAGGGGUUGUAGGGACUGCCUCAGGCAGUAAACUUGAAACAGAAGAAAAAGAGACAGACUGGGAGGUGUUGGUACAGGUUAGGGCGGAUAUUUUUGUGAACGCCCGUUCUUGGGACCGUGUUCGUUUGGCUCUGAGCACAUCAGGACCCUUGAAGCUGCAGUGCAGAUACCUGCGAGUGGAAGAGAUUUCAGUGACAAGCAUCAGGACUCUGCUAAACCUUCUGCCUCGCAGGACGCUCUUAGGCAUCGACAUUCGUUACAGCAGCCUCGGUGUGGCUGGGUUAGCUGAACUAUUGCCUCUUCUCUCCACCUUUCCUGAGCUGAACUCUCUGCGGCUGCAUUACUGCAACCUGGACAUUCGUAGAGAUAACCUUGGCCAGGAGGGGGCCCUGAGGGACCUGUCACAGGGGCUUUCAAACCUGCAAGAACUGCGACAGCUCAGCCUCACUGCCCUGCGGCUGCCAGGACAGCUCCGGGUGUUGCUCAGUUCUUUGCCUCAGCCCUUGGAGGUCCUGGAGCUUCCCUAUUUAAGCCUGAGUCCAGCCGACCUCGCCUACCUGUCCUGCAGCCAUCAUGUCUCCUCUCUGCUGCAGCUGGAUCUCAGUGAGAACUGUCUGGAUGAAACCAUGGUGCCCUCGAUCCGCCGCCUCCUCUGCCAGGCCUCCAGCAGCCUGCAGCACCUCUCUCUGAGCGGCUGUGGUCUGACUGAUGGCCUGCUGGGCAUGCUGUUGUCCUCACUGGGCGGCUGCUGGGCCCUAAAGAGCCUGGCUUUAGCCCUGAACCCCCUGUCUAGGGCGGGUCUCUGUGAAUUGAUGCGGACAGCAGCAAGAAUGCCCUGCCUGCGACUGUUGCUCUACCCAAACCCUCUGGAGGAUUACCAGCCGGGGCUGCCUGAGCUACCUUCUAGCACCCAGCUGUUGGAGUGGCCUCUGGAUGAAUCCAUAGAUAACAACACAACCGGCAACGAGCUCAGCAAGGUGAUUAUGGACAGCGGACGCUCUGACCUUCUCUUGACCUGUGACCUGCUAAAUUUUGAUAAAGACAUGGUGGACUAGAGAAGGGGCAAGGAGGUUUUAAUUAUUUUAUCAAAGUAGUGAAAGAAAACCUGACAAUAAUGUUAAACCUCGUGAAAAAGCACAUUGUAAGUUUUCAUAUGUAUUUUCUCCUUUUGAGUCUGUUUCAUAAGACAAUCCUGGUUAACCGGAUUUUAUUUUCUUCUGAGUUGAAAAAAAAAAUGUGUGUAUCAAGAGCUAAAGCCACACAAAACUGACCCAGUAUGUGAUGCUUUCAAGGUUUGACUACACAGUUAUAAUCUGUCUGUAGCAUAUAAAAUGCACAAUUUUAUGCUUCAACACUCAUCUACCAAUAUAUAUUUUUUUAAAUGUCAGCAUCAAUUUACAACAAAUCAGUCUUAAGUUGAUGUUCAUGAGAAUCUAGUAAUAUGAGAAUAAGUUUCUUGUGUUUGAAAACAAAACUUUUAUUACUAGUUUGUCUUAAUAAAAUGUGAUAUGUUUUCUUUUA